AUGGAUUUUAUUUUCAAUACCAGUAAUUGUGAAAUUAAGCAUUUGACUCAAUUCUUGAAGAACAAAUUAUAUUUCGCAACAAUACUUGGCCGAGCACCUAAAUCUACCAGUGAAACUGUAUUCUUCUCAACCGACGAUGAAUUGGUGUACCAUAAUUUUUAUACGGAUUUCGGACCAUUAAAUUUAUCAUGUCUUUACAAAUAUUGUAAUAUUUUAAACAAUAAACUGAAAACUACACCUGGUCAGAAGGUAAUACAUUAUACUUCGACUGAUCCUCAAAAAAGGGCGAAUGCUGCUUUUUUAAUAUCGGCUUUUGCGGUUCUGUAUUUGGCUCAGUCGCCGAACGACGCAUAUUACACUGUCAAAUAUAAAGGAAAACCAUUCAACAAUAAUACAUUCAUAGUUUUCAGACCAUUUCAAGAUGCAUCCCAAAAAGAAUCCAAUUACCACAUAUCAAUUCUUGAUUGCCUGCAAGCUCUGCAUCGAGCAGUCACCUUAAGAAUUUUUAACUUCACAGAUUUUGACUGCAACGAAUAUGAUAGAUUGGGAAAAAUAGGACUUGGCGAUAUCACGUGGAUUGUUCCAAAUAAGUUUAUAGCUUUUCCUGGACCCACGGAAACUAGCCGAGAGCAAGCGCCUGAAUUGUACAUCACAUAUUUUAAGAAGAACAAUGUGAGAACUGUCAUAAGGCUGAACAGACCGCAGUAUGAUUCCCAGAAAUUUAAAAACGCUGGAAUAAAACAUUUUGAUCUAUUUUUCCCGGAUGGAUCAACUCCUCCAAGGCAUGUUUUAACUGAAUUCCUUAACAUAUCAGAAAGAGAACCAGGAGCAAUUGCUGUUCAUUGCAAGGCUGGUUUGGGAAGAACAGGCACUUUGAUUGGAGCAUUCCUCAUAAAACAUUACGAUAUGGGAGCACGGGAGUCCAUCGCCUGGCUUCGAAUUUGCAGACCAGGUUCAGUUAUCGGACCCCAACAGACCUACUUAGAACAAGCUGAGGGCUGGUUAUGGAAAGAAGGAUAUAAUUUUCGGAUGAUGAAUUAUGGUGACCCGGAAAAACUACCUUGUCAUAAAUUCGGAAUUUACAGCAUUCUUCAGAAAAAGCGCAUUUUCCAGGAGAAGGAGCAUGGAAGCUUUUUCGAUGCAUUGCAUGAAAAGGGGCCAGUACAUAAUAAACAAAUGGAAAACAAUGAUGUCCUUGCAAACCAGAGUCAACAAAACUGUAUGCAAACUCAGAUAUCAAAAACCUGUGCACCAUUCAAGGAGAUACAGAAUGGGAAUUUUCCGUCAAUGCAUAGUAGAGUAUUGGUAUCGCAACCUUCACCAAUUGAAUUCGCGCCCAAUAUGGUACAAUGUCUAUCUAAAGAACAUGCUGUUCCAAAGCCUAUAAUUGUAAUGCCAGCUAUGUUAUCUCUCAAACAAAAACCAACAGUAGCCCAUCGAGCAAAAUUCAUACAAAACCCACAGUUGAUAGAGAGCAAAAUUAUCCGAGGAGGAGAGGAAAAAGAACACAACAUACAUGUGAGAAAAGUAAUUGCUCCGAUGAAAACCACUAUCAUCAAUAAUGGGAUAAAUUAUUACAAACCUGGCUUAGAUGUAUCACAAGGGCAGAGACUGUUAGACUUGAAAAAAGAUAGAGAAAAGCAAUUUUUUAGAAACAAAGGUUUGGCUGAUAUAAGAUUACUAUCACAAGCAAACGUACCCGGAAGACUUAAAAAACAAAAAUAA